AAUGGAUAUGAAAAUCACUUAUUUUGUAUUGCAAAUUUAGAAUUAUUAGACUUUGAAUUACAAUAUGAUUUAGUUAAUCAAAUUAGAUCAAUGAGAGAUCAAAAAGAUUUUCUUCUAGCGCUUAUUUGUUACAGAGAAAAUGGAAUUCAUCAUCACAUUUUAGAUCAAUUUUCUUCAGAUGUCGUCGUGACUGAUGGAUUAAACAAUGAAGCUAUGAGGGAAGUUUAUAGGGAAUUGUGUCAGAAUGUUAUUCGUGUUUCUUCCGACUUAUCGGGACAAGGCAAAACUGAAUGGAUUAAAGAGGAUAGUUUCAAUAAAAAGAGAUUCCCACGUAGCUUUUUAAUAAGUGAUGAUAUGGAAUUUGGCAGACUUGUACGUCAAUUUAAAGAAUGUAAACUCCAACCGGUAGAAAGUUUACAUAUCAAUAUAGUAUCAUCUAACUACCCCGAAGACGUCAAUAUGUUUUUAUUUGAAUUAUUAACUUUGGGUAUAGCCUCUACUAAUGUUGAUGUAGCUUGCCUACCUCCUUCGGAAACACCUAUAUAUAUAUUUGUCGAAAUAGCUUCAACUACUGAACAGUAUUUACUUAAUUCUCUUCCUAUGGCAGGAUAUUUAUUGUCCAAACAUUUAACUUGGGAUAUUAAAAGUUUGAAAAUCUCUCAAGAUAUUACUAGUCCAAUUCAGAUUACUUGUAAUUAUUUGAAUUUAUUAGAUCUUGAUGAGAUAGAUGCAAAAGAAAUCCUUUUUCGGACCGAUAAUGCAAUUAAAGAACCGUUACCCGUGGAACGUUGUCAAAAUCUUAUCGAGAAAUAUUUUUUUAACGAAAACAACAAAGACAUUUCCUCAUUUAGAUUUGUUGAAAUAUUUGUUAAUGUUCUAGCAGAUCAAUUGGUUCGAUUUUCAUCAAGUCAAUUCUUUACAGUAGAUAAUUUGAAAUUAAUGGUAAAAGAAACUAAUAUCAGAAAACUUAUAUUAAAAACCUUAAUGGAUGGUUCAAAAGAUUUUGCAACUAGAUCUAUUAAAACAAGAGAGGCACAAUUGGAAUCUACAAAUACUGAAGAUGAAAACGCUCGUCUUGGUACAAUUGUUCAAUGGGACGACUCAGAUCAACCUAUAGUAUUCUUCAAUUCUCAAACUCCCAAUACAAUAUCUGCCUUAUAUCGUGACAGAACUAAAGUUCACGAAAAUGUUAAGACUUUAUUAAAAAGUCAAGUUAUUGGAAAUAGAACAAAAUGGGAGUUAGAUGAUUAUAAUUCGAUGUCUACGGAUGCACUUCUUGUGAAGUUAGAGUAUUUAGCGCAAAGUUCGACAGAAAAAUUAAAUCUUCCUGAAUACGCUUUAUCUGGUGAUAAUCUAAUAAAAAUGGCCUUAAUUCUUUUAAGAGCACGCGCGAAUAUUCCAGUUAUAAUUUGUGGUGAAGCAGGCUGUGGCAAGACAAGUUUGAUUGCCUACUUGGCUUUGAUGGUUGAAGUUCAAUUCCAGUCUCUUAACCUUCAUGCUGGAAUUGAUGAAAAAACUAUUAUGAUGUUUAUGGAUGAUUCUCAAAAGAAAGCAGAAAAAGGCGAGAUUUGGUUAUUCUUUGAUGGGAUCAAUACUUGCAAUUAUAUAGGUCUACUUGCUGAUUUAAUAUCUUAUCAAAUGUUUAAUGGAAAAUUAAUACAUCCAAAUAUUCGUUUAUUCUCCGCUUGCAAUCCAUACCGCCUUCGUACAAAAUCCCAAAGUGAAGCUGGUUUAACAAAUAGGGUUAAAAAAUUUGAAGAACGAAGUAAUCUUGUUUAUCAAGUAAAACCACUUCCUGAUCAAAUUUUAGAUUAUGUUUGGGACUAUGGUAUUUUAAAAUCAAAAGAUGAACGUAGAUAUAUUCAAAUUAUGGUAGAAAAAGAACUGAAAAAUUUAGCACUUCCCGUAUUUGUGGAACUUUUAUUUGCUUCUCAAAAUUUUAUUCGAAAAGUUGAAGAACCAUAUAGUGUGAGUCUACGUGAUGUCAAGCGAGCUAUGAAAUUGGUGAUAUUCUUUUAUAAAUCUCUUCAGAAUCGUCCUGCUUAUAGAAAUGGACAUGUAUAUCCACCGCCUGGAAAUCCAACCAUAUUGAUUAGAUCUUAUGUCCUGGCACUUAGUCUUUGUUAUCAUUCUCGGUUAUAUGAACAAGAUUUACGUAGACAAUAUCGUUAUGAAAUGGAACGAAUAUUGCAGGACCACAAAGCAUAUGUAGAGGAAAAUAUGUUUGUUAAAAUUAUUCGUGAAGAACAAGAAGAUUAUAUUAAGAGGAUGCAAUGUCCACCUAAUACAGCAUAUAAUGAAGCUUUAUUAGAAAAUGUUUUAGUUACGAUCGUAUGCAUUUUGACAAAAAUUCCUCUGUUCCUUAUAGGAGCACCAGGCUCUUCAAAAUCUUUAGCAAUUCAUCUUAUAAGCUUGAAUUUACGUGGAGCCGAUUCAUAUGAUAAAUAUUUUAGGGAAUUACCACAGAUUAAUUUAAUUCCACAUCAAGGUUCUUCAUUUUCAACUUCUGAUGGUAUUAUCAAAGUUUUUGAUAAAGCGAAUAGGUUUCAGGAAACAACUUCCAGUCAAUUUCCUGUUAUUAGUGUUGUUUUACUUGAUGAAGUUGGUUUAGCUGAAACAAGUCCUUACAAUCCAUUAAAUGUGCUUCAUUCCUUACUUGAACCAAGUUAUCCAGCUACAGGGCCAACUGUUUCAGUGAUAGGAAUAUCUAAUUGGCGCUUAGAUAACAGUAAAAGUAGUCGUGCACUACUUGUUCAGAGACCACAAUUUGAUUUGGAUGAUUUAGUUGAUACAGCUGAACCAUAUUUGAAUUACGAAAAACAUGGACAAUCUUUGCCUAAUUUCCACGGUCUUCGUGAUUAUUAUGCGUUGGUUAAGCGACUUUCAUUAUGUGAAAUGACUCCAGAGAAUAUUCAAAUGGAAUUAGCCCGUAAUUUUGGAGGGACAGAAAACCACGUUAAAUUAUGUGAAAAGUAUUUUGGGAAUGUUCUAAAAAUGUUUAAUAAUCAUAAGCCGUGGUUAUAUAAACAAAUUCCAAUUGAACAAUUAAUCGCUUCAAAUUUAGAUGAUUCUGAUGCGCGUCAUUUAAUGGUUAUCGGUAAAAGUGAUUCAAUUAUAAAUUUAUUAACUUAUCAGUUAAGAAUGAGAGACUUGGAUCCUGUUGUGAUUUUAGGAUCCCAAUUUCCCGAUGAUCGGGAUGAUUAUUAUUACAGUGUUUUGAAGAGAAUCAUGAUGUGCGUUGAAGCAGGCAGACCAUUGAUUCUAACAGAUUUGGAAAUAAUUUAUGGGAGUCUUUAUGAUUUAUGGAAUCAAAAUCAUAUCGUUGUGGGAAGUAAAGAAAAUGUCAAAUACUUUACGAGGGUUGCACUUGGAGCAUAUUCUAAUCCUAUGCUUUACGUUUCGCCGAAUUUUAAAUGUAUUCUUGUCAUGGAUGAGAAAAAUGUGGCUUCAGCUGAUCCUCCACUUCUUAAUCGGUUUGAAAAGCAAAAAAUGUCAAUUAAUGACACUCUUAAUAAUAAACAAAAUUUACUUGUUGAAAAUUUAGGUGAUUGGACAAGAAAAAUGUCGACUCUGAUUGGAGUUACUCAAUUACGUAAUAAAUUCACCCAGAAUAAUCUAUUCAUUGGAUUUGAUAAAGAUGAAACCUUACAAAGUCUAAUUAUUGACAUCACAAAGAAUAAUCCAGAAGCAGAUAAUGAUGAAAUUUUAGAAAAAUGCAAGGAAUGUUUAAUCGCAACAGCAUCUUCUGACGGAGUUGUAAGAGCCGAACAAUCAGCUUUAGAAAAAGAUGAAGUUGAUCGAUGGAAACAGGUUUAUUUCCGCAAACAGCAUCACAAUAGUCUUUAUGAUUAUUUUUCUAAUCAAGAAGAUGCGUUAUCGGAUCCUAAUGGACAUUUAGUGAUUAUAAAUACAUUUUCUAAUAUCAAUACGGAUGUUAAGUCUUGUUUACAAGAACUUGCAAGUUGUCAAAUGUGUAUAAGAGACAGGGUAAAACACUUCUGGUCAGAAUCAACCGAUCAAAUGUUAAUUCUUCAAUGUGAUUUAACUACCGUUAAUACUGGAUGUAUUAAACUAGCCAAAUUCAUUAUUGAACAAUUUCGAAAUGAAUAUAUAUCAAAGAGAGAUCAAAUGGAACGGGAAAUGCCUACGAAACAUGCAUGUAUCAUUCUUCAUAUUCAUCGAGAUCAAGAAUCCACUUUUACAUCUUUUAAUUUCAUGUGCGGUUGGAAACAAAUGACUAUUGAAACAUUAUCAGGAAGUGACGUUCCUACAUCAGGUCUCCUAGAUGAAUCGUUAACUCGUAUUGUUAAUUCAACUUAUCCAUUCGAAAAAAUUUUACAACAAGAACUCUUAUGGUGUUUAUCGUGUAUGAAAUAUCCAUCGAACGACGAGUCAAUCAAUUAUAUAAAGACAUUAAACGAAAAAAUUCUAAAACAUCCAAAUUUUAUUGAAUGUUUGAAAAAAAGAGUCCUUGUAUGGGUUGAAGAGAAUUCUACAAGUGACUGGCAAUAUAAGAUAGCAUCAAAUAAACAAAAUUUAUAUCCAUACCCUUCAUUUUCUGCAGCAUUACAAGCUCACGUUAGAACACUUUUUAGAGAACCGAUAGCGCGGAUUUUAUGCGCUUUAGAAAGAUUAUCGGCGAUAAAAACAUUUUUCUAUGUUUCUGAUCAAACAAAGUCAAAAAAAGGAAACUAUGAGAAAUUACUUAAAUUUUGGGAACAAAUUUUUAUGGAUAACAAAAUUGUCAAAAUUGAUGAUAUACCAAAUCCAAAACCUGAUGGAUAUAAUAUGCCGGCGGAAAGUUUACUCGAUCUUGAAUUUCCUUUUUCAUUUUAUUAUAUGAAACAAAUUGAUAGUUUUAAAAGACAUUAUGAAGAAGAAAUAUUGAUAUUACAAAGGGAUGAUGACAAAAUUGACGACGAAACUAAUGAACUUUACGAUUAUGUGAUUGAAGAUCAUUUAAAAGAGUUUAAAAAUAAUCUUCUUACGUCGAUUCCGCAAUUAAAAAAUUCACCUCUUGAAUGGGAAUGGGCUUCCGAAUUAUAUUUUAAAGAUUUUGUAACCGUUAUUGUGUCAAAAGAUGGAGAGACAAAGAAUAAAAAAAUGUUAACAAUAAUUUUAAGAUUACUCAUCGGUACCGAUAAAGUGCGUCAACCAAUUUUCCUUCACUCAUAUUGGUGGAGGAAUGCUAACGAAGUUUUAGCUCUAUUACAAUUAGCUCAAAUGUCUCCCAUAAUAAUUAAAAAUAUUGAAAUUCAAGGAAAUGCUAUUAUUAGAGGAAGUUUGGAAAAAUAUCUAGUUAAAGAAGUGACAAAACUAAUGUUACAGCGAAUUUGUGGAAAUUUUGAAGUCGCAGAAAAUGCUCAUUUGAUCGAUAAAUGGCAGCAUGAUGUUACAAAAGUAUUAUCUCUCGUUAAUAAAAUAACUAGAGCAAAGAAUUUACCAGAUCUUCAAUUGUUACGUAUUGUAAACGAUCUAGUUGCAGCAAAGACCAUUCCUUUAGAUAGCAUUAAAGAAAUUGUUCAACUUGGAUUAAGUUUAGACGAGCAAGAAGUUCUUUCCGAAGAAUUUAUCAACACCGUAUUUGAUAAGCUGGAUAAACUAGAACAAAAUGAGAAAAAUAUAAUUCCAAAAAGAACAUUUAUCAUGAGAUGCCUUGCAUUGAUUCCUAUCAAAUCAGAUACUCUACUAAGUUUUUAUAAAAAAUUAUUCUCGAAUGAACCUUUUCCAUUAAUGGGUGCAAUCAUUGAAAGGAUAUUUAUUAAAGAAGACGUAGAAAAUGAGGGCAUUUUCUUUACGAUACUUACAGAUUUCGAAGAAGCUGUAAGACAAUCUGCUCGGUUAAAUCUUAUUAAUAAAUGUUUAGGAGAUUUGGAUACAAACAUGGCUACUUUAUGUUGUGAUACCAUUGAACAAAGCUUCUUCAUGAAUGAGAAAUUGGAAAAUUUCGCGGCUUUUUUUGGACCGGCUCUUGAAGCUUUAUAUAAACAAGGAAGACCACCGUUACAAAAAAUAGUUUCUAUUGCAUUCCUUAAAGAAUUCGUUCGUCGAUUCUGGGAUAGUUUUCUUCCGAAAGAUAAAAAUAAUCCCCUUGUAUUUGACAGAGCAGAUGAAAACAAUUUUAAUAAUGAAAUAAUUAAUCAAAUCAAUAAUAUUUUGACUUUUUCUCAUCCUUUGAUUCAUUCACUUAAAAUUUAUUUUUUAAGAGAUUUAUGUCGGAGAGGUUUUUCAAUUGAUGACAUUAAAAGAUUUUGUGAAGCUCAAAAAAAUUUUUUACCGUGGCUUAGGACUUUCAACUGGGAAGAUAUUAAUGAAAAUCGGUUAUCUUUUAAUCCAUAUUGUAAUAUGCCCGAAUAUAAUGAAACAGAAAACAGCUUUAUGGCCUUCUAUAGUGUAGGAAAUAAGGCACCUUUCCAAACAUAUAUCCAAGGAGUAAAGCAGAAUAUGACUAUAACAGCAAAAUUAUCUUUCAUGGGACUCUUAUUUGUACGUCUUCAUGCUUUAAGAGCUUCAAGAGAAUGGCGACAUUCAGAAGUGCAAUCGGCUGAUUUCUUGACUAAAGAACUUACCGGAAUAAACUUAUCGAAUUCAUUUAAAACAAUUGCAACAAAUAUCUUAUCGAAUAAGCAACCUUUACUUCAAAUUGUCAAUCCAGAGAUUAAUAAUACCGAUUUGUUUAUAAAAUCUGUUAUCUCACAUAUUUUCGCAUUCCAUGCAUUGGUUGAACCGAAUUCAUCUCAACUUGCAAUGUAUCUACACAAUCUACAAAAUUGUCAGAAUAUGUUUAUUUUAACGUGUAUGUCCGACGUGGUAUCAAUGGUGUUAAAUGCAAUUCCUGAAGUCAAGACGAGAUAUGCCUGCAAAUGCGGAUGUAUAUAUAUAGUUGGAGAAUGUGGCAAUGUUGUUCAAACUGGUAAAUGUCCAAAUUGUGGAAGUACAAUUGGUGGAGCGAAUUAUAAUAAACCAGAAGCUGGGAAUACUAGACUUGAUGCUGGUCCGGUUCACCAAAUAGCAGUAAAUGAUCAAUCAGGGUAUAUUGGAGAAACAGUUAAUCAAGAUCUGUAUCAUUCCGUCAGAUCUCUUCCUCCUACAUCGUAUCGUAUGCUACAUUUAAUUAUUCAUGUUCUUAUUGGAGCGUCUGCACCUCAACCUGCCCUUGCCUUUCUUCAAAAAAAUAAUAAAGUCGCUUUAGAUUCUGAAAAAUAUUGUAUGGAUCAUAUUCAAAAUGACUGGGACAUUCUCAAGAAACUUCUUAAUUGUUCAGAUGCGAAUUUGGCGUUAGCGUUCCAUUCACUAAUUUCUUUAAUGAUGGAAAAACCUUUGCCGAAUCAGCAAAUAAAUACAUCUGCUGAACGCACGAAUUGGGAAACAAUGUUCCAUAAUAAUUAUAUUGCACCACUAACUAAAAAUAUAAACGAGACAGCAACCAAUUAUCGUAUGAAAUUAGACGAAGCUCUAACUAAAAAUAAAAAAGGUAACUUAAUUGAAUGUGAAAUUAAUCAGACUUUGGUUAUGGAUAAACAAUAUCGAAGUGAGAAUUUACCAAAUUUAUGGAGAACGAUUGGAAUAAUUAAUUUCGAUAGUUUUCGUGCUUAUUAUAUGAGUGAUUUGACAAGGAGAAACGACGACCAUCCAUUUCUCUCUGUAUUUUUCAAACAUUCUAAACAAAUAGAAUUACUCAAACAUCUUUUACCUAUCGUAAAAUUUGUUCAAAUUUUGAAUGCCAAACUUGGAUAUCAAUUAACAAGGCAAACGGCAAAAGAUAUGAAUUUCAGACAAUUUAUAGAAAAGGAAUCCAAUGAUGGUAGAAAUGAAGAAAUUUUCAAUAAUUUGAAUACCGCUUUUAAUGAUUUUAAACUUGGUUGGAAUACAGUAAUACCUUUCGUAAAUCGAUAUCAAUGUCAUGAACUUCCCAAUGAAAAACCAGUCAUGGGUUAUAGUCUUCCAGUUAUUUUUGGUUUAGUGGAACCGAAAGAUGCAGGAAUUUUCUUAUGCGCUAUUUUAGAUUAUUUGGUUGACUUGCAAAACCAGUUCUUACAAGAAGUUAUAGUAAUUCCACCUGGAACUUGUAAAUCUCUCAAGUUUUUAGAUGAAAUCACAUUUGAUAUCGAACUAGCAAUUUCGAAAACAGAACCAGUUAUACCCAAUGGAUAUUGCUUUCAAUCUCUACGUCUUGAUCAUGUUCGUUCUGGAAAUAUUAUAAAUUUUGUUUGGGAUGAUGAGAUUCUUGCAUAUAGUCAAAGAAAUUUAGCAAUUGCAAGAGGAGAAGAUAUUGUGUAUGAUUUGACAAAAAUUGAAGCGGAAUUGGCAAAUAUUCUAGUUUUCGAGAAAGUUUAUAUAGAAACUCUACCAGAUUCCCAAUUAUAUCUUGAAACUUUCCCGUAUCACAUGGAGCUAUUUCAAGGAUGUAUGAGAAGAAUUCUUAGUGAUAUUAAGAAUCAAAUAACCCAAGAGCCAAUCCCGAUCGAAAAAAUGAAUCCAUUAGGUUUUUCUAUAAAUUCCCGUUUAGAAUACGCUUCAAAAUCGACUAUAGAUAACUCGUCAGAAAUUUUGUCAUCAUUGGAAAUACUUCUAUGUUUCGUCAAGCGUACAGCA